AUGUUACACCUCCAGCUACUAUCCACCAGGACCAACCUCGCGUUUGUCGUGUGGUGCUGCCUGCUACUCGUGUCGGCGUCGGCCACUGUGUUUCGUACAGACCACCGAUCCAGGACCGGGCUGUCACCGUGGAGUGUCGCCGUGGGCCGCGUCGUCUUGCGGGAUGGCUCCAUGUGCACUGCCACCCUUGUCCAUCCUAGCUUUGCCGUGACGGCUGCCGCGUGCGUGUUCCAACGCGGCAACCGGUCGUCUUUAAAUGCGUCCAAUGUUGUGGGCAUCAUGUUUGGCAACGCGUCCGUCCCGAUCAUGACCGAUGUCGCCCGCGUGAUCCUCCAGCGGAGCUCAUUCCCCCCCCCGUCGUACAACUACUUGCUUCUCCAGCUGUCGUCGCCAGUGACCACCCUCGCGCCUCUUGCCGUCCCGGGGGACGCUGGCUGCCCCAUCAUCCCCCCUCAACGCCGAGCCGUGGUGAACGUCACGUGCGUGCAAUUUGCAGCGCCGGACUUUGUGUCGGCGCCCGUGGCCCAAGCCGCGUGCCCGUUGAACGUGUCCUCGUCUGCGAUACUGGACGCCACCCACGGGUGUGACACGUCCGUCCGGGGCAGCAUCGGCGCCCCCCUCGUCACAUCGUCGUCGGCAGUGUGUCUCGCGGCGCUGCAUGUUCCUGGACCCAUCGAAUCCGCCAUGGGAAACGCAACAGCCGACUACAUCGUGGCUGCGUGGACCCUUCAGAAUGCCAACGUCGCGCUGCUCUUGACCGACCUCCGUGCCCACCUCCGAGACCUGACAACGUCGUCGACGAUGCAGACAAGUCAGGACAACAACCGAGCGACGUGGGUCGGCGUGUAUGUGUGCAUGGGCGCGGUGGGGGCAGUGCUGUGUGGGCUAGCGCUGCUUCUGUUUCGGACGCGCUACGUCAACGUCCAGAGCUUGCCCACCCCUCCACCAGCAUGCCCAUCACGACCACCCCCAAGAACAUUCUGGCACUCGUGA